GCAAGAAUGUGGCGGAAGCGUCAAACACACAAUGUGAUACCUGAAGCUAGUGAUGGCUACCCGAUGGUACUGGUCGAGAGAUUAUUAUUCUAAUGUGCAAUAUAAAGGAUAUAUAAUAUGCGUAGGCGUGGUUGUAACGCCUGCUUCUUCAGCUGCUUUGGGCUCCAUACCUGCCUAUGGAGAGAAGUUGAACGUCAGUCGUUGCAGAAUGGCCCAAACACGCUAGGAGGGCCUGGCCAGGGCGCAAACGCGCUCCUGGAGCCAGUCUUGCCGUCUGACGCACCGGCAGAUGCGUUUGGCUCAACAGGCGCACCCAGCUUACUCGGGGGCGGCCGUGCCGCUUCGUCAGCUGCUCCGGGCGAUGUGUCAUGCUUUCACACGACGGGGUCCGAGGCGCUAGCUACCCCGACACGUCCACAGCACGCGUUAGAAUCUGACGGUCGCACCAGACGAGAUGACACUGCACCAGAACUGGCGCUCCUAGCUGCCACAGGACUUCGCCAUGAGCAGCAGCAGGUCACGACCUCUCCGCAGUCUGCAGCAUGGCGCGGCGGGGAAGAACUGGACCCGAAGAUCAGGAUUCCCUUUAAGGAAAUCACUUUGCAUAAGGUUAUCGGCAAGGGCAGCUUCAAAACGGUGUACCGGGGCUCAUGGAACAACACCCAUGUGGCGGUGGUGGCCAUGCGGCGCGGCGGGCUGGUGGCGGAGGCUCGCCUGCUGCAGCGCCUCUCCACACAUCCCAACCUGGUGCAGCUGUACAGAUGGAGUGCCGACAGUGCAGGCAACGAGUACCUGGUUAUGGAGUUGCUGCAGCUGGGCUCGUUGGAUGCCGUACUGAGAUCCAUCGGCCGGCAGCUGCUGACGCAAACCAAGAUGACCAUUGUGGAGCAGGUUGUGUCUGCAUGUCUGGAGCUAUCCCACGAGGGGCUGGUGCACGGCGACUUGGCGGCCAGGAACCUGCUGGUCAAGAGCCUGGAGCCGCCGCACGUCAAGCUGGCAGAUUUUGGGCUUGCACGGCCAGUGCUGCCCGCUGAGGCUGAGGCUGCGGUGGCGGCUUUGGCGCCGAGCGGAGGUGCAGCACCGCCGCCACCGCCGGAUGGAGCCCCCGUGGCGUCCACCUCAGCAGCUGGGGUGGUGGCAACAGGUGGCGCGCAACAGCAGAGCUCCGCGGGCCCUUUUGUUAGCGUUGUUCCGGCGCGCUGGGCAGCUCCGGAGGUCCUAGCCGGCGCGCCACCCAGCGAGGCGGGUGACGUGUGGAGCUUCGGAGUGACGUGCUGGGAGAUCUUCGCCAACGGAGCUGAGCCCUACGCAUCCCUCAGCAACCGCCAGAUCUUGCCCGCGCUGCGAUCCGGCUACCGUCUAGACCGCCCCCGCGGCUGCCCCCUAGAGCUCUGGGAGCUGGUGCAGCAGUGCUGGUCCACCGAACCACGGGUCCGUCCGCGCUUCUCCGACAUUGCAGCCACACUCCGCAGCUGGCGUGAAGCCUAUGUAAGCAGCAAGGCCGCUGCCGCAGCCCCAGCGACGGGACCUACCUCCCCUCCAACUGCCACCAGCGGCACUGCAGCUCCCGCUGUUGUACAGCAACCACAACUCGCCGCUCGGGACACCUACCUUCGUAUUAACGAUAGCGGCGAUACGACUGCGGUGCUGCUGCAGCAGCAAGCGGCUGCUGCCGCCGCUGCUGCUGCUGCCGCCGGCGGCCGCUCGUGGCGUACGGCAGGGCCAACGUCCACUCAGGUGUCCGCCUCCGUCGCCAUUAACGCCAACGCCCACCACGCUCGCGGACACACCGGUGCCGUGGGAUACUCGCCAGUUGGGUUGUCACCUCUGCCCAACCAGCGUAUGAACAUCGGCCCUAGCGGCAGCAGUCCGCCAGGUAAUCACGUCCCCGGACCCACGCUCAGCACGCACAUGUCCUUCGACAUUGCCGAGCCCGCCAUCACGCCCGCAUACACCAGCGGGUCCAGUGUUGCGAUGCAGUCCGGCACCGCCCCGUGUGAGCAGCCCUCCCUCAUGGACGGGUCCCACGGUGUCUCUGGAACAGCGGCAGACGGGCCCGGUGGCGCUGCAGCUGCCGGCAUCGCCAGCGAAGCUGGUGGCUUUGCGGCGCCAGCGUUUGCGGGUGGCAGCAGCCAUGCACGCCAGGGUGCAACAUUUGGCUUGCAGGGCACUGCUUUCACUUCUGCCGCCGCUGCUGCUGCUGCUGCCGCUGCGGGUGGCGAGGGUGGCGGCGGCGCGGCGAUGCAUGGGAUGAUGAACACCUGGAGCCGGUCCUCCACGCAUCAAAACAUCAGCAGCAGCAACAUGCGCACCAGCCCCUGCGGCCGCAGCAGCGCCGGGGCCCGCAGCAGUGCAGGCACGCAGGCCAGUGGCAUGGGUGGGUUCCUGGAGGUGCGCAUGGAUGCUGGACACAGGCUGGGGCGGAUGUCCAGCGGAGCCACGCAGGAAGGAAGUUCAAUGAACGGUGUCAUGGCAAGCGCAUUCGCAGCCGCCAUUGCACCUUUCGGGCCGUCAUUCGCGCUCCGACAAGCACCAGGGCAACCGGCCCCCAGUUCCCUUUCCUCUGGCCGCACGCCCAGCACCAUCCUAGGCGCCUCCAUCUUUUACGAAUCCAUGCAAGGCAACAGCAUCCCCAGCACUGCUCAGCCCAGUCACAGCAACCAGAGCAUGGGCGGCAUCAGCGGCAGCCAGGGAGACGGUAGUGGCAGUCGCCGCCACGUCGGCGGCGCAUCCGCCUCCGAGCGGGGUGACUUUAGCAGCGGACUGCUGCCUCUUGCCUCCGUGCCGGAGGACGGAACCGCCACCCCUGUCACCCGGAGCAACACCACCGCCGCCACCAACACCCGGAGCUCUGCAUGGGUGGAGUCGCUGCCAGCUGGCGGUGCCGCCGGAGGUGCGCAUCGGAACCGCUCCGGAGCAGCAGCGCACCAGGGCACCACCUCGCCGCAGCAGGUGCCGGUGGAUGGGGGAAGGAGCUUGGACGCCGCUGCUGCUGCCGCCGGGGCUGCUGCACCGGCAGCGGCCGAGGCGGCGACCGCGGUGGGAGGCGGUGCAAACCGGCGUUUGGCGUCGCCGUAUGUGAGGAUUGGGGAGCUCAUGGGCCACCCCGGGCCGCCGCCACCGCUGUCUCUACCUCCCGGAGCUGCCAGGGCUUACACGGCGCUUCCAUACUGGAACCCACAAGGCGCCUACGGCUCAAGCACCCCCUCCCUCGGUGCAUCCACUAGCUCUCAACAGGCGCCUCCUCCCUCUCCUCUGCACGCCGACAUGCGGGGCACCCUCAGCCCCUUCGCCACCGCCUCAGCCGUCCCCAUGCCGUACAUGGGCGACGACCUCAGUCUCCGCAGCAUGCUCAAGGUUUCGGGGCCGAACUCUCGUAGCAUCGCCGAGCCGCCCAGCAGUAGCUUCGCGCUGGCAGGCAUCCAUGCGCGCUCCUCGUCUGCCACCUGCUCCGCCGAUGGUGCCGGCCCCAGCGCCGCCCCUGCGCUGGCGGCAGCGCUGCCCACCGGCAUGAUGCUGCUGCCGAGCAUUGUGAGCUCGGAUGCGUGUGAGGGGUGCAAGGAUGGUUCGUCAUCGGGCCUUGGACGGGAGCCCGGAACGGCGGAGGGCUCGCAGGACAAGCUGGGGGCUAAGGAAACGACCAUGCAGGGCUUGGUGGACGACGCGCGGCGCGCCCUGGGUGUUAUGGGUUUAUCGCUAGCGGCUGGGGAUGUGGGUGAGGAGGCGGGAGGUGGAGCCGAGGUUGGAGCAGGCGAGCGUGGUGAGCUGCAGGAAGCGGACGCGACUGCUGCUGGAAGGUCUGCAGGGGCCUCGGCCACGUCGGUGGCAUCCGUGGAGCAGCAACAACAGCAGCAGCUAAUGGCCGUCAUGAGUUUUGACUCGUUGGCUGCUGCCCUGAGCGGCGCCAACGCAUGUGCUUCUGGCCAAGGAAGCACCAGUACCACCACCGCGGCGGCGGCAAAUAACAGCCCAACAGCCAUGGGUGCUGCUGCUGCUGCUGGUACUGCUGUUGCUGCCUCAGCAGGUCACCGCAGGGCCGACAGCACCGCUGCUGGCGCCUCCGAACAACGGCUUCCUGUUUCUGCCUCGCCGUCGUCGCUGCUGCUGCAGCAACAACACCAAUACUCACUGCAACAACAGCAGCUGCAGCAGCAGCAACAACGAGCGUCGCUGUCCCUCACGCUGGCCAUUCGUGCGCCCCGUGCUCGUCGCGGCAGCAACGGCAGCCAAGCCAGCAGCACUCAGCGCUGCGGAGGUCCGCACGAGCACACCUCAUGGCACGGCUCCUCCCGAAACUCGGGAGCCAGCAGUCGCAACGGCGUUGGCAGCGGCCUGCCGUCCAGACUGCUUGGGACCGCGCUGCUACUCGAUUCCAGCAGCACACCCAGCGGUGGCCUGGAUGUGGGUGCGCGUCAUGAUGCCAACCACUCACCCGCCACGUCUGUGCGCUCAGUGCGUACGGCUCACUCGCUUCAAUCGGGUCGGUCGGCGAGGUCGGUCGGCGGCGCGGGCGGGCCUUACGGACCGAGCGGCAGUCGCCGACGGCAGGCUGCUUCGGAUUACGCCGGUGGCAUGCGGCAUGGCCCGGGGAGCAGCGCCAUGGCUUCUCAACAAGACGAACGCAGUGGAAGUUUGGGUACCUCGGAGGGGCUCUGUAUCAAUAUGGGAGAGACGGCAGCUGCAUGUGCUGCAGGCAACGGCCCGGCGGGGCGGCUUGCCGGUGCUUGCCGCAACGUCGCUCGGGGUGUAACCUCGUCCAUGACACCACAGGCGCAGCCACUGACCCGUGGGUCGCGUCCAUUCCCGGACGGCAUGCAAGGACUGUACGACGAGGAGGAGCUGCACCGGCGGGCUGCCUUCGGUCAGGGGGGAGCCCCGAUGACGGUGCUCCAGGUGAACGAGCUUGGGCCGGGCUUGGCGGGCUUGCAUGUGCAAGCGGGGGGUCCAGGUAUGGACUCAACGGACAUGCUGCAGGUGCGGCACAUGGUGCUACAGGAGCUCCCAGAAAGUGGCAUUGAGGGCUUGGAUUCGGCAUCGCUGCUGGUUAUGUCGCGCGGGGCCGGCGCUGCGGCAGCAGGGGCUCCAGGUGGCCGGCGGGCGCUGCUUGUGACCCGCGGCUUUGAGGACUAUGAAACCGAGCCUGCUGGGAUGUACAUGCCGGGAGUGGCGGCACUGUUCGGGACGCACACUGUUGGUGCGGGGAGGGGCCCAGGGGGUGGUGCUGCUGCAGGGGCAGAGGCUGGAGCAGCCAGGUAUCUUCCUCAGGAAGGGCAGCGACAGCAGCAGCAGCAGCAGCAACCGCAGCAGCAACAGCGUCAACAGCAGGGAAGCCACCAGCAAUCGACGCCUGGAGAUCUUCUGCUUGACACAGGCAGCCGUGGUACUAUGCCAGGCGUGCAGACGGAAGAGUUUGUUGCUACUCCUGCUGUCGGUACGAGCCCCGAAGGUACGGCAGCAGCGGGUCGGCUGCAGGACUUGCAUUUGGGCAGGACGACGUCCGGGCGCGCGUCCUCGUCGUUGUUCAUGUCUACUCACUCCGAUGUCUUGGCAGAGCGCCAGGCUAUCUUUGAUUACUUGCAGACCAGGCAUCUGCAGGAGCUGCAGCAGGAAAGGGACUGGUAGCUGUGAGCAAGAGUGUUUGGAAAAUUAUUGGUGCUCAAGGUAGCCAAACGCUAUAAGCACUGGUUGCGUUGCGUUCCAUAUGUCCAGCUAGAAAGCCGGCCCUGAUUGGUAUUGGUAGUUAUGAGUGUCCGUAGUUCCCUUGGGCGCUAAGGGGGGUGGAAGGUGGGGUGCUGAUGGUUUGGUGGGGUCCUGUCUUCAUAAGGAUAUUUUAAUUCAAGAAUCGACUUAAAGUUUGGUCGAUCGGUUGGGUGACAUGGAUAAGUUGAAGUAGAGGCGGUUUGCCCAACAGGCCAACGAACCCAACGUGGUCCGGAGGAAACAACGUGAGGCACCUCCGUCCUGUUCCAGUGGAUUGCGGGAUACAUGUGUCGUGAUAGUGUUUAUUCAACCCCCGGCUAUUUACUUGAUUCUUUUGGCUUAACUAUGUCCGUCUAUUUCCCGUAGGGACGAGGCUUGUGGGUGGACAUACCGUACGGAUUGUGGGUGGACAGCUAUUGAACGUGCCCCAAUUCCUUGAAUGCCUUUGCCAGUGUUUGUCAGCGCUUCACGUUGGUAGCGUCGCUGCACGUUAUUCCAGUAAAGUUCUUUUUGAAGCUGCUAGUACGGCUUCAUUAAUGUUUCGCGGCCCAUGCGUGGGAGGUGAACCGGGCUCGAGACUACAAUGUACAGCGGCUCGCUGAGUGAACAGGAAGCGGCUUCUCGUGGUGAGGUUGUGUCGCACGCUGGCCGACGGGAGGCCCCCCAAGCGGUCCGUUACUUGCAAUUGAUACGACGCAAAGGAUGGCGGAUGUUGGUAUCCUGGUGCCUUUAUACAAAUUGCUCUGAGUGGGGAAGAGGAUGCGAGAGGGGAAUUGUGGUUUGUUUCGCGUGCAGUGUGGCUGCUGCGAAAGCGCGUCGACAGAAGAAUCGGUUGGGCUUAGGUUAACAAGGUAAAGGUCCUACUUUCGCUCAGCUGUACGAACUGCGGCUUGGGUGUGGCGUACGACUUGACGCGGACAGGAUUCUGAUGCCUUUGCUCUAGCUGUUAACCUGGCGUUCCGCACCUGAACAGGCUAGAAGCUAAGUUCCUACGACCGGAGAAGAACAGAAGCAAAGCCUUUGGGCUCGGGCCUGAAUCCUUGAAUGAUUUGAAG